AUGCCACGCAUAACGAAAAAGACACACUUCCAUUACACGCUCAUCACCGAGAAAAACAAUGAUUCAUCAUACUUGAAGUUCACCAUCAUACCGACGUCAUACAAUGUGCAAUGGUACCUGAGUUGCCUGCUCAUCGGUGUCGUGAACUUGAUCUCAUGGCAUUACCUUAGAACACGCCUACUGUUUCAAGUGAUUGUGGCUUGUGGCUCUUUGGGGUUUUGUAAGAGGCCGACAGUGGAGAGUGUUACUGUUUUCCAAGAUUAUGGAGUGCAAAUUUCACAUUUUAAUGGGUAUGUUGUUUUGCCGCGUCGAUGGAAUGAAAAAUGGUUUAGUAAGAUUGUAUUUUACCCUAGGGAUAAGAUUGUGGAUGUUAUUAUUAAUGAGGGGUUUGAAGGGUCGAGUGUAGUUUUUUAUUUGUGUUUGAUUGUGAAAGGUGCUAGUAAAUUGACGUUGUUAUUUCCUCGGACCAAACCACGGUUAGUGGAUCAAAAAUUAAUUUAUCAAAUGUUGAAGAGGGAGGGUGUAUAA